UGCCACCGCCCCGGGCGGACAGCGCAGCGGGGCCGGGCCGGGGGCGGGCCUGGGGCGGUGCUCCCUCCGAGGCCGCGCGGGACGGCGGUGGGAGCCGGAGCUGGAGCUGCAGCCGGAGCUGGGCAGGGGCGGCGAGAGCUGGGCGCAGAAGGUGGUGAACGGGACUGACCUCAGCGGGGCGGCGAGAGCUGGGCGCAGAAGGUGGAGCUUUCUCAGUAUGCAGCCUCUUUGGCUUUGGGCGUGAUAACUAACCACUUCCUGCACACUGGACAUUUGAUUUGCAUCCCCGUAUCUUCCUGCUUUUCUGAAGAAUAUAAACACUGUCCUGAGCUUGAGUGAUAAAGGAUAAAUUUGAUCACUGCCUGGCUUCUCAUCUCUUCCUUGUGAUGGAAAAAUGGUUGCCUAAAAUAAACCCCUUGUUAUGCCUCUGAGACUGCCUUUGAAUCCGAGCUCUGUUGUGAUUUUUAAAACACAAACCCAAAAAUGUCAGAACUCAACCCUUCAUCUGGAUUUGUAGGAAACAUGGAAAAUGGAACUUUUCUGGAGCUGUAUCCCACAUCCCUUUCAACUUCAGUGGAUUCAUCACCUGGCCGCUUAUCCAAUGUCUAUGUAUAUGUUUCUAUAUUCCUUAGUCUCUUAGCAUUUCUCCUUUUGCUAUUAAUCAUUGCACUUCAGAGGCUGAAAAACAUAAUUUCAUCCAGUUCCUCCUACCCAGAAUAUAACAGUGAUGCUGGAAGUUCUUUCACUAAUUUAGAGGUUUGUAGUAUUUCUUCCCAGCACUCUGCUCUUUCGAACCUCUCUUCAUGAAACUGAAUGAAAGGAAGCACACCGGGAAUGGAAGAGCUUUGUCUGGGUUCUUGGGGAGGUAAUGCAUGCAACAUAUGCCUAAGAAGACUAUUAUGAAGAGACGGUUUUUAAGGUCCCCUUAGUUAGUAGUAGGAGUAUUUUUUUCCUCUUUUCCAGUCUUAAUUUUCCCUUAUAUUGAUGUUCUUUUUCAUUUUGGACAAUGAGCAUUGACACUUGAACAUUGUUUCAUGCCUGUAAUAGUGAUGCUGUCUUUUUUCUCACAUGUACCUUAAGAGUAUUUCUGCCAAAUUGUAAUAUGGUUCUAACUGGAUGUGUCAUUUUUCUGCUCUAGUUGUGACCUGCUCUCUGGUAAUAUCGGUAAUAUGCUGACUACUUUUCUUUCUCCUUUUUCAAUUAUCCAAGGACUUCUGGAUGAAAUUACUGUUGCAAAAGUAUUUUAAAAAUCAGCUUAAAUUCCAAGUUGUAGCUAUUGUUGUUUUCUUUUUUGUUUUCUUUUUAAUUUUCACAUCUUUUUUUCCCCCCAGUAUUUAUUCAUGUUUGUAAAACACAACUACAAUCCAUUUCUUGAAGAACGUAGUUUUUGUUUCUUAGUUCUCCCAACUCGUUCUGUAUAAAGCCUCUGUAUUUCUUGUUUUGAGUCUCCUUGGUUAACUUAUUAAAGCAACUGCAAUAG